GCGCACCACUAUCGUGGUGGACGUGCCGCGCGCGGACGCUUCCGCUACCACAUUUUAAAAUUAAAAAUAAUAAAAAGCGCGCCAACUUUACUGUCAGUGUCAAACUUACCGCCUAAUUUAAAUUUCUUUUUUAUUUCUUUUUUUUUCUUGUUGUGGUGGAACAUUAUUUUCGAAAAUAGUGAUGUUGGAGCCGAAUUAUGAGAAGCGAAAAUAGUGGGCUAUCAAACAAAGGUCAAAUAUGCGUUCGUGUAUAAUUAGGAAAAUAAUGAUAAGCGAUCGCGGUCGAGUGCAAAUGUCGUCGCUAUCGUACGCGCGCUCUACACGGUUAUGGAGACGUCAAAGCUUAGUUUCGCGGAAUCCCGCGUGUUGAUUCAUACACCGGUUAUCGUGCAGCGGCGGCAAAAUGUGUGAACUAGCAAGUUGGAUUCCGAACGCAGUCGCGGCCACACUGCGCUCCGAGACAGCGCAGCCGAUUAUCGAAUGGCUUACGACAAUACGACUGGCGAUCGAGGAGUACGACCCGUUGGUCACAGUCAUACCACCAGAACCCGAACCCGACACAGCUGACAACAAGUUCGACGAGAUACUCUCCGACCUCGGCAAGGAGAUCUACAAGCUCGACGAGUACCAGCGCCAUCUAACGCCGUCCGAGAAAGAAGUGUCACUUAGCAUUCUUAACAUAUUCGACGAGUGUUUGGAACACAUGACUGAACAAAAACAAACAAAAACCAGUGAGAGUGAAUGUGAAUCAACCCUGUCGGACGUCUCAUUCGUGACGAGUACUCCGUCUAGUGUAAAAGUGAACAAUAACGUAAACACAAUAUUUGACAACGGUGACGGUACCCCGAUACCGCCGCGGCGGGCUCGUUUAAAAUCCAUCUGUGACAAUUCAAUCUCUGAUAUGGAGUCAAAUAAUCAGGAGAGCGACUCGUCGAGUGACUCAGAGAGCACGUGUUGGAGCUACAAGGAGUGCAGUACGGACGAUAAUGAAGUCAACCCUUAUGCCGAAGUGUGGGCCCACUCGACCGGCUUUCACAAUUCCGAUGAAAUAUUACGUCGUGUAUUAUCGCAGCACCACGCCACGAUAUCGCGUCUUUCGUUUGACACGGCGAGCGACUUUAUACCUGCUCGGUAUUCAGUGUACGCGUUGGACGAGGUGGGAGAAUGUAAGGACAGGUGUGUUGACAGUGGCUCAGUAGCAAUGACGCCGGACAAGCCGACGGACGACGGCUACGAGCCGGUGCGGGACGCGAUCACCGACGAGAAUAUUUACGAGGAGAUCGAGUAUGGAUAUAGUUAUACCGACGAGGGAUGUUCCUGCGGUGGUAGUGUUGAAGUGGAAAGUUGUUCGAUCAGUGCUAGUUCCGAUGGUGUGGGCAGAGACAGUCCUUUGUACGCGAACCUGCGGGAUCACGACGCGUACGCGAUCCCUCCGGAUGUUAUUUAUUGGAAGAACUUACUACUGGAUCCGUACUUUAACGACGACGAGGAAGACGAAUGGAUAACGCCAGAAGAAUGUGCAGUGUACAGCAGAGACCAGAGGCCGCCCCUGGUCAUCCCACGCAUCACGCAGUACAGGAACCCUAGACCGAGGGCACAGCCCUUUGGACAAGGGUACCAUGAGGAAGACAUUCCAGAGCAGGGAUCACUUCGAGGCAAAGGAUAUGAGGCUCUCAACAACUGGAGUCCAACUUCGGAGCGGAGUCGACCAGACCUGGACAUUAUGUACAAUAAAUCCAGCUCUGACAGUCCACCUUUCGUCAGAAUUAAUAAGAGAUUGGGAGGAUCUACAGAAAAUCUUUUGACAAAUGCCAGAAGACCGAGCCACCUGCUCCUCCCAGCUUCCUCGUCAGGAGACAGCCUGGACGUGGAAAUUCGGGAGAGGGAACCUCACGCCAGGAACAGAAAGUCCAGAUCCAUGGUCGCUCCGAAGAAUCGGUUACAGUCUCCCAUUCCCGCUCCCAGGCAUACACUUCAACAAGAGGUGAUCUUAGAGGGCCCAGUCAAACGAACCAAGUUCCUGGAAGGUACGAAGAAGACCAAAAAGAACUGGAUAGACUGCUACAUGGUCCUCACACCUACUGCUCUAGUCUUCUACAAAGACCAGAGGACGUAUUACUCUUCUAAGGUAUCUCGACCUCCUGGGACACCACCCAGCCCGUCCACACCACAAGCUGAGCUCGUACUGGCGUUACUCAACGCACAUGCCACGCAGUGUAUUCAGAAACACACGAAAAGGUACACACGAUCUAUCCUACUCAUCGUGGGCUACGACCAGUACCUGAUCCAGGAUGAGACUGAAGACGGUGCCAGGAAGUGGUUCGCACAUAUUCGAGGCGUUAUUUUUGCCCUGUACCAAUGCAGUCUACCAGGAGAAUCGCCACCUCCAACCUUCACGCAUAACAACGCUGACGCCGACAGCCUAGGCAGGACGCCACCCACCGCCCGACACGCCAUCAGGAACAAACACAAAGCUGGAGGGAGUAGCAAUGAAGAUUCGAGCGACUCUACAGAAGUUUCUAUUCAGAAAUCGCAAGUGAGGAGUAAAUUAAGAAAAUUCUUCGCGAAAAGACCACCCGUGGACCAACUAAUGAGGAAGGGAAUCUAUAAAGAUGAGCCAGUUUUCGGUCGGAAUCUGGAGGAGGUGUGUCCGGCUACUAGUCCACGAGUCCCAGAGUUCGUGGUGGCGUGUGUGAAGGAGAUAGAGAGGCCUGACAAUAUGUGCACUGAUGGGCUAUAUCGUGCCAGCGGCAACUUGAGCCAGGUGCAGAAGAUACGAUUAGAGGUGGAUCAAAAUAAGAUGUCGGUGAUCCAGAACAACACAGACAUCCACGUGCUCACCGGUUCUCUGAAGCUGUUCUUCCGAGAGCUGAAGGAGCCACUCAUACCCUGCUCCAUGUUCGACAGGGUCCUCGCUGCAUGCUCAAUAAAACCAAAAGAAGCCAGAAUCAAGGAAUUCCAAGAGAUCGUGAAGGCGCUGCCGCCAUGCAACAGAGACACACUCAAGUUCUUAUUAGAACAUUUGAUAAAAGUAACCGAAUACAAAGAACAGAACAGAAUGCACACAGCGAACUUAGCAAUUGUCUUCGGGCCCACUCUGCUAUGGGCGCCGCCAGAACAGGCCCACAACAUCGCAGUCGACUGCAUCCAACAAAACAAUGUCGUCGACAUCCUACUAACAGACUUCAAGGAAAUAUUCGUAGACAAUGGAAGUAAAGGAAAAAAGAAAGCGUGAGCGAAACUCUACGGGUAGUGUUGCCAACCCAAAAAUUGGUUAUCCUACCAAAAUAAGUUGCCAGAUGCGAAAAAUCCACACUAAACAGUAGUAUUUACAUUUCUACAGCGAAAUAAGUAAGUACUUUAAUAAAUAAAACGAUAUAUUUGCAUUCGUUUCUGCACUUAUUCUGGGGAAGUUGUCAUGUUAAGAUGGUGAAUAAUAUCUAAAUAUGACAAUGACCAAUCAUUCCAAAGGGUUUUUGGUGGAAACGCUAGCUAGUGUUAUGUGGAUAGAUAGUGUUAUAGGUACAUUGUGUGAAGGACCUAUUUUGUGUAUAUAGAAGAUUGUAUGAUAACUACAAAUAUUGAAGCCUUAGAGUUAUUCGGUAUGAUCUCUGUUGCUUACAAAAAACCUUAUUUAAUAGUGUUGCGAUUUGAACAGUCUGACGACUAGUUUGAAUAAUCUACCGAUGGACGCCAUAUUUCUGAAUAGGCGAACGAAUUAUUUAUUUUCUCGGUCGUUGGACUUUAAUAAAAUUGUGUUUCAAUUAAAAUAAUCAAAAAUAUAUUAAAUACUGAAUGAGAGUUGUGAUUGUGAAGCAAUAUGGUACGGAAAGACUGUCCGAGGCUAGAGAUAAAAUAAUAUAUUCAAAUAAUUAUUUACUUUGUAGAUAAAAAAAAACUAUAAAAUUUAAAAAAAAAUCUUUCUAUCUGUAUAUAUUUGUGGCAUCGCACACACGCUAGAUCGACAUUCCGUAGAUCUGGUGAAGAAAUAGUUUCAAACUCCUUGCAUUUUUCUAUGUAGGUACGUUCAUCGACACUACUUAGACCACAUUAGGACAUCGUUAACAAUUUAUUUUAGUAAAACAUCGUAAUAUCUUACCAAUGAUGCAUCAGUGUAUAAAAUUUAUAUUACUACUUAAUUUACGGUGAACUAGUUCGAUAAAACUGUUCAAUUACUGGGCAACGGACCUCUUUGCAUACAAAGAAGGUUGUUUUAACCUAAAAUAAAUUGUAAAUGAUAUCCCAUUGAUGUUUCUAGUAGUAUCUUUGACCUAACAUGGCAUUAUCAUAUUCAAUUCUAUUAAAUAUCAUAGAUCUAAAGUAAGAAAGAUCGAGUUUAGGAGUUAAAACUAUAAAAGUAAAUACAUCAUAAUAGUAAAUGAUGACGUGUGAUGUAGGGAUUAUAGUUUUAAAAUCAUUAUCAACAGCAUUCUUUUGGGGCCAAUUAUGUAAUUACGAGUCCUAGAAAAGUUGGAGCGAGCAAAGACAAUAAGGGACUGGAUACUUUAGAAAUUAAUACACUUUUUCGUUCAGAAUCUAUUAAUAAUACUGAAAAACAGAUUGUUUUCUGGAUUAAACGUCAAUUUGGACGUAAUUGUACUUUCAUUAAAACUCUUAAAUGUGUUCAAAAACUUAAUUCUAGUGCCAAAUUAUCGAUUUAUCCACAUUUUGGUUCUCCCAUUGUCGCCGCUCGCGCCAUCUCUUAAACAUUUAGCGGCUUUAAGCCAAUAUUUAUAAUUUGUGCCUUAAGCUGUGUAAAUAGUCAUCAUAGAUGAUUUGGUUUGUAAUGUGAUAAUCAGUUUGUUGUUGUAUCUUAGCUUAAUUUCGUUGUAUUAACUAUUUAAGUAUACAAAUGCUUGCAAACGUGACAGUCUAGUCCUAUACAGUUAAAUCUGGACUUUAAUUCAGUAAAAGCUUUGCUUCCAUUUACUUGUUCGAAGCCUUUUCAUAUAGGAUUCAUUUUUGCAUACAUCGUUCGUAAAAUAUCUGUACCUAUUAGUAUAAAAGUUUUGUCUGUACGUAAUUUGUAUUUUCUAAUCGAUUUCGUUUAUAUUUGCACUGUAAAUAUUAGAAAGAAAUGUUCAGAAUCGAUGCUUGUAUUCCUUAUAGUGAUUAUUUAAAAUAUUUCAGCUUCCAUGAUUGUGUAAAUUCAUUAGUUAUACAGACAAAAUCUAGAAUAAUACUCAAGGUAAUACACCAAUAUAAAAUAUUGUAAAUUUUCUAAAUAAGCUAGUAACCAAAGUUUUUUGUAUUCGGCUGAUAGAGUAAAAGAUAUAAAUAUAUUGUUGUGUAGUUAUUACUUUAUGUAUGUUACGCCAAUAAUGCUUGGACAUAGAUAAUGAAGUUACAUGAAAUAAAAUCAGAUUAUUUUAAAAUUAAA